GUCCGACACGCAGACCAUGGCGGAACUCUUCAACGAGCUCAACGGACUUUCCUUGGAAGACAGAAAGAUUAGAUUAAUCUACCUGUACGAUAUGACGAUACCAAGAUUUGACGAUGAAGCUCACAAGCUCUUUGUGGGUUAGACAAUGCCGCAUCCGUAGCCCUGGUCACCUCUAAAUGGCGCGAGGACCCGACAGAAGAAGACAGCCGGAAACAAAUGUUGCGAGAAAAAGGGCUGAAAGAGAAGUAUUGGAAGACGAUGUUAGAAGUUGGUGCCAAGUACGAGACACACGACGGCUCGCAUCAAUCCGCCCUCCUAAUUGUUCAGAGACUGCUCCAGAAACCAGUCAUGCUGAAACGAAAGCCCGGCUGGGUUCGGGAAAAGCUGAAAGAGGCCGAGGAGAAGAAGGCGAAGAGCACGGAAGAAGCCGUAGAGAGCGAACCAGAAGAGCCGAAAAGCCAAAUGCACGUCACUUGGAAGAACCCGCGGACCCUGCUCUACUGGAAAAUAAUGUGGACCACUUUAAGAGUCCUAUUCCUAGCUUUCGUCGGACUUAUCACUUAUCUCGUUACUUACGAGGAAAAAAAUAAUUUCCCUGUCUGGUUUCCAUUCAUAGCUUGGGUUUCGACAUUUUCAUUAGCUACGGGAUUGUUAUACCGAUGGCCAUAUAUCUCGCACAUCGCUUUAUUGAGUCUGGUUCUUUUCCUCGUACUUAUUGUUUUUGGCCCUGGUGAUUUCUCCACGUCGGAGGCCAGGAUGUUCUGGCUAGGCUGCGCUUCUGCUUUAGCUUUCUCUGCUGAGCUCUAUUUUCAUUGGCCUCAUAAUGCUUCUAUGUACUUUUGGUAGUUUAGUUUACGUAGAUAAUAGUUCUAGGAAAUAUAUUCAAGAUUACACCUGAUAUAAAGCUACCUAAGGGAUAGAAAGAGCAGAAUUCCAUCUAGCCCCGGAAAGAAAGGUAAGGUCUAAGCAAAUAAUAAUUCAUCGUCCGAAGCCUUUAUAAUCUCUUAUAACCUUAAGAAUGCCUUCCUUUCUUCGCUAUAAAGCAAUGGCAUGUUGACAUUAAAUAGGCCGAGCAGACAGUACGCUUAGUCCUCUAUUCUAGUCGUCACCCUUUUUAACGCCUAGGAUAUCCUCUUCGCCACGCUUACAUGUCUAGGGUCCCCUCCUAAGGUUAGGAUGUCCACGCAAGUAAUGUUAGGAGGUACAUCCAGCAAUUUAUAUUUCCGGCUAAUGACUUCCCAUGCCAUAUUGAAGAAACGGAUGUCACUCGGUGCUAUAAGCUCUUAAAGCGUCCAUCCUCUUGUAGACCACUGGCUUUCUGCAAA